AAAAGAAAGACGUGGAAACUUAAGACGGAGACGAAUGGUUGUGAAGGUAAGAUGAUUUAUUUCAUUUUAUUAUAUAGACACGAGUGUUUUACUGGAAAAUAUACCAGUCGUAAAAUUCAUAAAAACUACAUCCGGGACCCGAAUGGUGUAUUUUCCAUAAUCUCACACGCGAGUUUAUCGAUAACGUAAUUUCGGUAAUUUCCCUCUAUUAUUUUAUCGAUGUCUUUUUGUCUGUAUAAUAAAAAGAAUAUUACGCGGCGGCUUGAAGAUGUGAAUUUUAUUAUCUCGUGGCAAAAACAAUAUUUUACUCAUUCGCUGCGCUCGUUCGUAAAAUAUUGUUUUGCCACUCGAAAAUAAGAUUCAUAUCUUCACGCCACCGUUUAAUAUCCUCGAUUUAUUAUUUAUAAAAAUUUAGUGAUUAGAUAUCUGUUUGCCUCAUUCGACUUAUCAUGUUGCCCGUGCCAGAACAGCAUUCCCAAGAUUUUAAACGCGUACAAACUAAUGGGCCUGUCCACAUGAGAACGAUGGUUCUAUAAUACCUGGCGUUAACUCUCUGGAGACUGUUUAUGAAAACAUAAGUUUGCGGAAGCUACAUGUGCGUAUAUAGUUGCGUUUACGCUUCGACAAAAAGACUCGUCUGCAAUGUAAGCCUUAAAGAAAUAUAAGAAAGAGUUAAGGACAGUGAGUUGACAACUUUAUGAAUUCUAACAUGAUUUUAUGGUCGUCUUGUCACUGCUGUUGUUCAUACCAUUAUGACUGAAAUUCAAACUAAACAAUCGAAAAUCAAAAUGGGAAUCGUCGAUGACACAAAGCGCGAAACAGACCAAGGAAUGCCUUAGCAACGAAAGAUAUUUCAUUGGAAUGAAAGGAAGACAAGGAUACUGAUUGUGAAUAAAUUAGAUUGAUGAUGUCGAUCGUACAAGAUCAAAUCGCCAGCAUACGCCACUGAAGUAAGCCAGAUCAGUCUCUCAUGUGAACCUUGCUCCGGGCGGUAUUUGAUUACAGAAAAACAGUUUAAAUCACCGACAUUCAAUUUACGUGAGUAAUUUUUGCGUUAAGUUGAUCAGUACUAUCUCGGAUUAUCUGUGGACUUUUUUAAUGAUGAUUAUCGAGAAUUUAACGUGGCAUAAUAACUAAAACGCAUCAACUACGGUGAAUCGAACUUAUUACAUAUUUCAUAAAAUUGUAGUUUCAAAUGUAGUUUAAAAAAAGACAGUCAAAAUGAGAAUAGACUUAUAUCAUUAUUUGUCACAAAAGACUUUUUAAACUUUAACCUACUACCUCUACCUUAGUAAGUAAAAACAGGAUGGUCUACUUUCGACUUAUCUGACUUACCUAAGCUCUAGUCUCAAUUUCUUCGGCUUCCGCGCAAGUUUGAUUUUUUAAAGCUUCUAUAAAAUCUAUUGUUAAACUUUAAAUGCCCUUGUGGAUGAAUCUUCAUUAUGAGAUUAUUACUUUCAUUAUUUUUACUUCAUUUUUAGAAAACAAAAAUAAAUCACCGCAUGGCUAUGAAAUAUCUGUCUAAGGUACGCGAACAUUUGCUUCACGUGCCGGGCUAAAAACAUUUAUAAAGUCUCCCACGGUAGCUUUGUCAAAAUGAUUUCGCAUGUUGGACGUGUAAAGAAAUUUCUGGUCAAGAAAUCUUUGGUAAAUCACCCUACUGAAAAAAUGCUGACAAUUGUCGACUGAUUGAAUUGGCAUUGAGUUAUUGUUUUCACUCUCAGUGCAAAGGAGCAGGACAAUCUGCGAGCGAGCGAGCCAUGGGAAAGAUAAAGUUUAAUGAAAUUGCAAUUACAUGAAAAAUAUUUCGCACUUAGUUCCCUGUGGGUAUAUGAGGUUGUGCGGCUGGAAUAUUAGAGAGAUUAAGAUUCACGUUUACGGCAAACGGCAAACGUGAAUUUGUACCACGUGACCAAGUUUAUCCCUUAUUUUUCGUUUACUGUUUAUUGCUUCUACACAAAAAUAGAUAGAUUUAUGCCAGUUUUAUCCGAAAGAAUCGUUCUGGACUGUUUUUAUCUGCUUAUUUUCUAUUUUGAGAAAUUCUCAACUGCCGUUUGCCGUUUGCCGUGUGCCGUAAACGUGAAUCUUAAUCUCUCUAAUAUUGGCAGAAUUACGUAGUCUUCAUCGACUUUCACUGAUUAGGGUUGAGCGUUCAUUUUACUGACUGGAUUAGGGUUAAGCAGUGUUUAGGUUUGAACACUUAUUUACAACAGUUAGCUUUCAGUUAAUUUUUCCCUAUAACUGCUUUGUCGAUUUUUUUGUAACUUUCGUUUUUGCCUUGAUCUACUCAGAUAACUACUAACAGUACGUGGAAUUAGAUUUGCAUGUAAAUGAGGUGGCUGGUGAGAAAUUUGUUGGAGUUUCAAAGAACUGGUUUUUACAACGGCCGGUCCGUAAAGGACGUCUUUUUAGGACGCUAGCACGGAUUAUUUUCUCCCUGAAAUUUUUUUUGUUGUUUUUGAAUAGGUAAUUCGAAAGCAAGCCAAACAAUAUCGAUGAAGAGAAAAUGAGAUGGAUAGUCAAGGUAAGAAAAACCGACGGUAUAAAAUUUAUAUUAGGGAGCUAUAGCAACGGCGACGGCCACGGCAACAAGAAUGACAAAAAGCAAUAGGCUCAAUCAGAAACUCAUAAGGGCCUGAAACGUGUAACUCUCGUUCAAUGCUCGUGGAUAUUCAUUUUUCAGUUCUAAGUACCAUAUUCGGAAACCCUCGCUGCUGCCUCAAAAAAGCAAUAGGUUUAACAGCAACUUUGCACGAGCAUCACGCCUUUUUUGUACAUUUCUUGACUUGACUUGACUUGCACGACUUCGAUAUGGAAGUGCCCUUUUAUGGAGGGCGAAAACAAUACAGCGACUUUCUUGUUCUUUUCCUGAACUACGAUACAGUCUCUAGACGAACUGAACGAGAAGAAAUCAGCGCGAGUAAGUUUGAAGCAGCCCGAAUACACAUUUUAAGUGACGUUUUUGUAGCUGUCGCUAUCGUUGUUACUUGAGUUCCCUCAGGUUCCCUCCCGAGAACCCGGAGGAAAAUGAUGUCACGUAGUUUACGAAGUUUGAUUGGUCAGUUAUCUUUUGACCUCGUUCCAAAUACGGUACUUGCGAAAACAAAAAUAGACCUUAUUCGCGAUACCCACCAUCUUUGCACGCGCUUUAGGAUUGAUCGCGGUCGAGUUUGUUUAUCAAAACAGUAAGACAAUUUUAAAUUUGCAAAAAAAUGUACAGUUCAAGUUUAGCGUCAUUAUUACUUGCUGUGAGGACCUCUACCGUCGCUACUGCACAUAGAAAAAUGACAACGAUCACUUCUACCCAUAAUUUUCCGUUGUCUUUAAGAUAAAAAUUUCUUCAUUUUGUGUUGCCUAAAAUAAACAAACACAACCGCAAUUUCUCGUAUUGGCAGACUUUAUAUCUUGUUUGCCCCCCUGAGAAACCACGUGACGUCACUUUUAUCCCAUCAGUCCUUAUGCGCGUGCAAAGAUGACGGGUAUCGUGAAUGAUGUCUAUUCACGAGCAUCAAACAAAGCAAAGAGAGUUACACGUUUCAGUCCCUUAUGAGUUUCUGGUUCAAUAUAAAGCAAAACAACAACUCUGCACGUGCAUCACGCUUUUUUGUGCAUUCUUUUUGCCGUCCUUAAAGGACGUGAACACGAGACAACUAUUUUUCUUUUUCUUAAAAGGUACAAGCCUUUACGAUUCAACUCCAGAACAAUUCGCCACCAUUUGACAAAUGGAACGAGAUGGAAUAAGAACGUAGAAGUUUGAGGCAGCGCGAAUUCAUUUUUUGGGUAACGUUUUCGCUGCUGUCACUGUCGUUGAUGCUAAAGCUCCUUAAUAGUUCUUUCUUUCAUCUCGAAAUGAAAAGCUGUUGGGUGUAGUUUGGGCUUACCGGUCGUUUCGAUACAAGCUAAUUCUUUAGAGGUGUAAAUAGUUUGAAGUACUUGGCUUAAAGAACGAAGAAUAUUCACCCAAAAUGUUUUUCUUCUUCAAUUGCAAACUUUACUUGAAGUGAUCGAAAUUUUGUGCAGUUUCACUGCUCGAGUUCGUAUCAAAAUGACUUUGUAUCGAAACGACCGGUGUCCUAGUGUAGAUAUGGCUUCUAGCUUCCUGGAGGAGUAGUCAUAAAGUGAUUUGUAAACUUUUGGCGGGAAACAGUUUUUUUGUUAGUUUGUCAUGUGACCUCAUGCGCUGUGGGGGGAUGCCACUUUUUAACAAAUUUUGAUUUUAUUUAGUUUCAAAUCACUCUCUUUACUUUGUAUGUGUUUGCGUUUUUCAGUUAAAAUUGUGUUUCUUCGAGAAGAGAGCCGUCAAGGAGUCUUAUGUAAAGAUGGUUGUAUUAAUUCUGGUUGCCGGAAUAACGCUACAUUUCAAUUGGAGUGAUGACCUUGUCGGUGAGUGUUUAAACGUUUCGCUAAAGCUUUGGAAACUCCCUUUGUUAUGUUGAGUUCUUAAAAGGCCAGAAAGAAAAAAAAAAAAAAGGUUUUGUUUUCAUAAUAGUACAUCAUUUAGCCUAAGCAGUACAGAGUUGUAAAUUUAAAGGCGAAAUAUAGGAAAAAUUGACGUUAUCAUGCACUGCCUACAUCAACGUUGAUACUUGGCAAGGAAAGUUCAACGUUAUUUAGUAACCUACACUUGACUUCCCUAGUUCCCAACUUGUGCCGCUUUCUUUCCACGAAACCUACGUUUGCCUCAAGCACAGACGCCCCAGAUUCCGUUUAGCCUACGUAGCUGUCGGUAUCGUCACGCAGCGAUGGCUCACUUUUGUGCCUUUAGGCAUUUUGCAAAUGGACGCAACAUUGUUGGGAGUUGUUGCGUCCGUUUGCACGUAGCUAAAAGUUUGGCCGGUUUCAAACUUUGCGCAACAACUCCCACCAACUCGCAGCAACAUGCAACAGGGUGUGCAAAGGGACACAACAUGUAACAUCCAAAAAUGUUGCGUCCGUUUGCACGGGGCUUUACGUAGCUCUACGUAGCUCCCGCGGGGCCUGCGCUCCUACUGCACUGCAUGCUUUCAUAUUUUGCGUGCUCCUUUAUUUCCUUUACACUACUUUACUGACACUUACCAUCAGCCUUUUUAAUCGUCAUGGCUCUCUCUUUUAAGGUAUGAACUGCAAAUCAAGCUGCAGUGAAGGCGACGUUUUGUCAUGUUCCCAAAAUGGAGCAGAAGUAAUCACGAAAUCAAGUGUUAGGGAAAUAGGGAAACCAAUCAAAAGAAAAGGUAACAUUGAACAAACAAACUGUCCAGGAAAUCAAGAAUAGUUCUGAAAAAAUAUGACAACUUUAGUCCCUGGACCAAGAUACAGCUUUCGGCUGCUUCUGUAGCCCUGUUCACUCUCUAACCGGGCCCAACUGGCGAGGUUUUAAAGAAAAGAAGCCCUUUACAACCUGGCAGCUGUUCGAAAAUGACAUUCCCGCUAAGAUUAAGUUUCGAAUGGAAGUUUCCAGGGAGUUAAAUCUCAAUGUUUGUUCAAAUGACUGCUACGAAGCAGUAUCAGCAGGUGCUUCUAACUUUUGAUUCUGUGGAUAAUAUCCUAAAGUGUGACCAUUCAAAUGAAAGCUACUGAGCAGCACUUUCCUGUGGUACUGUUUUUUAUGCUGUUCAAGGUGGUUCUAACUUUUGCGUCUGUUGAUGAAAUCCUAAAGUGUAACUAUUCAAAUGGAAGCUACUUAGCAGUACUUCCCUGUGGUACUGUUUAUUAUGCUGUACAAUGUGGUUCUAACUUUUGAUUCUGUGGAUGAAAUCCUAAAGUGUGACCAUUCAAAUGAAAGCUACUGAGCAGUACUUUCCUGUAGUACUGUUUAUUAUGCUGUACAAGGUGAUUUUAACUUUUGAUUCUGUGGAUGAAAUCGUAAAGUAUGACCAUUCAAAUGGAAGCUACUGAGCAGUACUUCCCUGUGGUACUGUUUAUUAUGCUGUACAAGGUGGUUUUAACUUUUUAGUCUGUCGAUGAAAUCGUAAAGUAUGACCAUUCAAAUGGAAGCUACUGAGCAGUACUUUCCUGUAGUACUGUUUAUUAUGCUGUACAAGGUGAUUUAAAUUUUUAGUCUGUCGAUGAAAUUCUAAAGUGUGACCAUUCAAAUGGAAGCUACUGAGCAGUACUUUCCUAUGGUACUGUUUAUUAUGCUGUACAAGGUCGUUCUAACUUUUGAUUCUGUUGAUGAAAUCCUAAAGUGUGACCAUUCAAAUGAAAGCUACUGAGCAGUGCUUUCCUGUGGUGCUGCUUCAUUAUGCCGUACAGGGUGGUUUUAACUUUUGAGUCUCUGGAUGAGAUCCUCAAGUCUAACCAUUCAAAUGGAAGCUACCCACCACAUACCCAUCCAGCCACCCAGUAAAGAACGGACGAAUGUUUUCAAUGGCUUCUCGUAUAGGCUGAUACUUGCAAUCUAAAUCCAUGCUUUCAUAAAAUUUUCUAUGUUGCUUCCAUACGUCUUUGUUUCAAUUCAGUGAUGAACAAUUUUCUUUCCAGGUUUUUUAACGAUAGGAAUUCCAACAGUUCAACGGGUUUUCAAAAACAAAACUGUAAGUUAUCUGGUAGAAACCUUAAAUUCGCUCUUCACUGGUAUCUCCGAGGAAGAUCUUGCAGACGUGUUGAUCGUCAUUUUUCUGGCUGACACCGAAGAAGCACCGCGAGAAGAAGUUAAAAGUGUACUACGGUCGAAGUUUAUGAAGUAUUUGGACAUGAAUUUAAUUCAUGUGAUUGCUGCGCCGUCUUCCUUUUAUCCUCAGCUAGAGGGCCUAACACAAACGCUAAAAGACAGCCCCGAGCGAAUGUACUGGCGCUCAAAGCAAAGCAUGGACUAUGCAUUUAUAUUUCACUACUGCCAAGGGCUUUCUCAGUACUAUUUACACCUGGAAGAUGACGUCACAGCUGAACCAAAUUAUAUGAGGCAAAUACGGGAUUUCGUUGCCCGCCAAGGCGACGCGAAGUGGGAUGUAUUGACGUUCAGUGGAUGGGGCUUUAUUGGGAAGCUUUUUCAGGACAAAGAUCUGCGCAAAUUUGCUCGAUAUAUCACAAUGUUUUAUAACGAAAUGCCAGUCGAUUGGUUGUUAUAUCUCUAUUCAGAACUACAAGCCGGACAGAGCAUAUUAGGCGAUAAGGAACACAAAGGGGAUUCAGAACUCUUUCAUCACAUAGGUCACCAGUCUUCCUCUCUCGGUACCUAA